CGGGAUUAUCGCGCGAGAUUAAACAAGCACCCGAGGAAAGAAGAAGUCGAUAUUCAAAGGGGAAAAUAAGAAUAAAAUUGUUGUGUCCCCAAUAUGUGAAAUGUGAUUUAAUUGGAUCUCGCUUAAUUAUUGGAGUUAUUUAAACAUUUCGUUUCGUGUUUUGUGUUGUUUCGUUUGUGUGAUUAUUUAAUAUUCCUGCCACUGUUAUAGGCUACCCCGGGUGCAAGCCGGUCUUGCAAAAUUAACCCGGAAUGAAAUACGCAUUUCAUUUGUUUUUCGUUGUGGUAUGCUGGUCAUAUUCACAAUAUGUUGCUAAUGCUCAAUGUAACUGUGGAACUGACUGUGUAACCAACUGUCCGACUGGAACCCAUUAUGACUCAGGAUCGUGUGUGACAUGUCCACUUGGCCAUUUUUGCCUUGGAGGUAGCAAUCCCAAAUCAGCAUGCCCAGGAGGGAAGUACAUGGACACAACAGGAAAUGACCAGCUGACCGACUGUAAGACCUGUGUGGCUGGGAAGUACAGCUCUGCAGGAUCAACCACAUGCCUGGACUGUCCGGCGGGGAAAUCCUGUGGGGCGGAGACGGAGACCCCCACUACCUGUAAUGCGGGGUCUUAUUCCCUGCUGGGUGCCUCCACCUGCACACCCUGCCCCAUCGGUUCCAUGUGUACAGCGACGGACCAAGGACCCACCCCAUGCUCAGAAGGAUAUUACACAUCAUCUACAGGCCAGGUAUCCUGUCAGAAAUGCCCCGCAGGAAGUGAGUGCCCUAACAGGGGUACCCCUGUCCAAUGUACGGCCGGCUAUUACUCUGUGGAGGGGUCUGGUGUCUGUGAAGCUUGCCCUGCUGGAUUCUACAGCUCAGCGAAUGGUGCCAGCAGUUGUUCAUCGUGCCCUGAGGGCAGUUCAUGUAGUGGAAAUGGAACCUCUUCCCCCUCAGCCUGCGCGGCAGGAUACGUGGCCCCAGCGGAGUCCAGCUCCUGCACACUCUGUGCCACAAAUGAGGUCCCUGAUGCUACACAGAAGAUGUGUGUCGGCUGUCCCGCUGGAAAAGCUUGUACUGAUCCUGCGACCACACCAACGGACUGUUCCUCAGGAGAAUACGCAUUACUGGGGAAUGGUACCUGUACACAAUGUCCUAAAGGAAAAUACUGCCCCACAAAAACGGCUGCACCCCUGGACUGCUCCUCCACCCAGUAUUCCGCAGAAGGGAAAACAUCUUGUGACGACUGUCCUGUCGGUCACUCCUGUGCCUCUCCAGACGCCACCCCAGUCCCGUGUGACCCUGGACAGUACAGUGCCGCUGCAGUGAUUACCUGUACGGACUGUGCUGCUGGGAAAUUCUGUCCCUCCGGAGCUGCAGCAGAGACGGAUUGUCCCGAUGGAUUCUGGUCCUCCACCAAACAAAUAGCCUGUACCCAGUGUCCUGCCGGGAAGUACUGCUCCAAAACAGCCGAGACUGCCUGUCCAAGCGGAACGUACUCCCUGGGACUGGCUACAGCGUGCUCCUACUGCCCAGCUGGCUAUGAAUGCACGAAUCCAGCCGCCUCCCCCAAUGCUUGCAACACAGGGGAGUAUAACAUAAAUGGGUCAACCUCAGCCUGUACCAUAUGUCCAGGAGGGUCUAUGUGUCCACUGACCACUGCUGCCCCCACACCCUGUACUACAGGUUACCUGAGUAGUCCUGGUCAGACCAGCUGUAGCCAAUGUCCAGCCGGUUACGCUUGUCCAGAUAACACAGAUGCCACCCAGAAUUACGCCUGCCACAGCGGCUCGUUCUCCAUUGCUGGUCAAAUGGACUGCACCAUCUGUUCCGCCGGCAAAUAUUGUCCCAGUACAAGCUCGUCCAAUGAGAUUCCUUGUCCGGGAGGGACCUAUUCUACUGGUAAUUCCUCCUCCUGUACCAAGUGCACCCCGGGAGAGGUGUGUCCUAAUGUAGACGGUACCGGAAUCCAGGCCUGUCUCCCGGGGACCUACUCUGUUGCAGGGUUAGCUGCAUGCGUGGACUGUCCGGCUGGUUAUGCCUGCCCCUCCACUAACUCUUCCGAACAGAUCCAGUGUCUCCCAGGGACUUACUCACUGACAAAGGCCACCGAAUGUUCGCCAUGUCCCGCAGGAUUUGCUUGCCCAACAACCAACAAGAACACCCAGGUAGCCUGUCAGGACGGGACGUAUUCUGUUGGAAACCAAACUUCCUGUAUCACAUGUCCGUCAGGAUACGAGUGUCCAGACUCCUCCACCAACAGCAGUGUUGCCUGUCAGCCAGGAUAUUACUCUCUUGGAGGCCAGAAGACUUGCACCAUGUGUGACGAAGGUUACAGAUGCUCCAACACAUACGAAGGCCAGACUGUGUGUCCCCCAGGGUUCUAUAGCACGGCCGCCUCCACCAACUGCACCGGAUGUGAACCAGGCUACUUCUGUCCAGAACCGGAAUAUUCCAGGAGAUCAGAGUGUGCCCCUGGCUACUACUCCAAUGGUGCUGCCAUCUACUGUAUUGCGUGUGAUGCUGGGUACACCUGUUCUAUGGGGUCCAACACCUCCGCCCCAACCGCUGACAUCUGUCAAGCUGGGGGCUGGUGUGAUGGCAAGAACUUCUUUCGCUGUCCAGCUGGGACCUACAACCCACACAAUGGAUCCAUCGACUCCACAGCUUGUGUACUCUGUCCUCCCGGAUACUACUGUCCAGGACCCGGGGACACAUCUUACGAACAGUACCCUUGUCCAAAGGGUCACUACUGUAUCGAGGGGACCACGGUCAGUACUCAGUACCCAUGUCCCGGUGGGUCGUACAACCCGAACGAUAAUGCCACCAGCCUGACUGCUUGUCUGCCUUGUCCAUCAGCGAAGUACUGCCCUAAGGGUACCACGGACACUGGAGUGGAUUGUCCCCGUGGGUUCUACUGUACCGGGGGUCAGUCCUCGGGGUUCCAGCAUCCCUGUCCUGUCGGAACAUACGGCCCAGAUCUUGGAUUUGACAAUGAGACGCAGUGUAUCCCAUGUCCAGCAGGAUAUUACUGCCCCGGGGGUACAGAGUCACAGCCCACAACAGCCCCAACCCCCUGUCAGCCUGGGACUUACAACCCUGACGCCAACACUGGCCACCCACUCAACUGUCACAAGUGUGACAUUGGCUUUGCUUGUCCUGAAAUCAACCACACAGCAUCUGUUGUCCCAUGCAAAGCAGGUUACUACUGUCCUCUAGGAACCAUAGCAGAUGACCAGUAUCCCUGUAUCCCAGGAACUUACAGUGACCAAACUAAUCUCUCAUCAGCUGACCAGUGUGAUGCAUGUCCAGAGGGCAAAUAUUGUGAAUGGGGCACAAACAACUCAACCAAUCCCCCCAAGCCAUGCUGGCCUGGUUACUACUGCCCCCUACAGUCUCCUUCCCCCGAGAAAUUCCCCUGCCCUGCUGGGACAUAUUCCACCCGAGCAGAUCUGUAUGAGGCAUCUCAGUGCACAGUCUGCCCUCAGGGGUACUACUGUGAAGGUGGAUCCAGCUCCACGUCAGGUAUCUGUCCCCGUGGUUUCUACUGUCCUAACGGCACUAUAGCAGGGACCCAGUAUGGCUGUCCGAACGGGACCUACAAUGACUUGGAAGGACUGUACGAGGAAGCCCAGUGUAAAAACUGCUGGCAAGGUCACUACUGUGAGUUUUCUGUGUCAGCCCCGGUGAAAUGUAAAGCAGGUACACACAUGCCGUACGGAGUAAACCAGACAAGCUCAGCACUUGUUGGACCAGGCCAACCUGCCAAGAGACAGUUUGAAUGUAUCACCUGUCCGGGAGGAUUUUCGUGUCCCUUGGGGACUAUUCAUCCAUACGAUUGUACUGUGGGUUACUACUCGAAACCGGGACAGGAAGUGUGUGAAACGUGUAGAAUAGGACAUUAUUGUGACAACUCAUCCACCUCAGAAGAUGCGAUGGUCAACACGAAGAAAUGUCCGCCUGGACGGUACUGUUUGGCCGGACUUACCCAGGAGCCUGAUGCCACAGACUGCUCUAUCGGAAGAUAUUGUCCUGAAGGCACAGUGGAGGAACUGAAAUGUCCCACAGGAACGAUCCGUCGCACCGUGAAGGCUUACGAUGUUGACACUCACUGUGAGCCCUGCCCCGCGGGCUACUACUGUCUGGAGGGGUCGCAUACAGAGACAGGACCAUGUGAAACUGGGUACUACUGCCCCACAAACUUUACUAAUCCCUAUGGUAUUCAUCCUUUGACCAUUGGAUCCUAUGGAUCCAGACAGGUGCCCUGUCCAGAGGGAACCUACACCAAUGUGACGGCAACUCCAGAUGUGGACAGCUGCCAGACUUGUCCAGCUGGCUACUACUGCCCCCUAGCCUCCAGCUCUCCAACUGACUGUCCCAGGGGGUCAUACUGUGUGGCUGGUUCCUCUAAACCAGAGCCCUGCCCCAUUGGCAGAUAUGGAAAUACAUCAUUACUGACUACACUGACCGAGUGUCCCCUUUGUGAUCCCGGCUGGUAUUGUGAUGCACCCGGACUUCUUCAGCCUCGGUCACCCUGCGACCCUGGAUACCUCUGUUACUCUGGGGCCUCUACCUCCGCACCAACAGAUGGCACGACUGGAGAGCUGUGUCCACGGGGAGGAUUCUGUGUGUCAGGGUCAUAUGUGGCUGAACCCUGCCCGCUGGGAACCUACAGCAAUGUGUCAGGGGCUGUCAACAACUACGAGUGCUUUGACUGUGAUGCUGGGUACUACUGUUCCUCCGUGGCUGGUGGGGCCCCCUCAGGGCAGUGUUGGGGAGGAUACUACUGCACAGGGGCUGCUAAAAAUGCCAUACAACACAUCACUGAUCCGGGACACUUUGCUCCAAAUGGCUCCAUGGCUCAGUACGAAUGUUCCAUAGGGACGUACAUGCCUUACAAUGGCUACGCUGAGUGUUUCGAAUGUGAGCCCGGAUUUUACUGUCCAGACAAAGGAAUGACCAACAGAACGGCCUGUCCAGCUGGAUCCUACUGUGGCAAUGGAAGCUAUGUCCCCACAGCAUGUGAGCCAGGAUAUUUCUCAAACCUAACACACCGGACCAAUAUCAGUGACUGUGAGCCCUGUCCCCCGGGACGUUAUUGCCAGAACCGCGGGGCCACUGAGGUGACAGGAAACUGUAAGGCAGGGCAUAUAUGUUAUGGUCUGGCCCUUUAUGCUGACCCCGUUUACAACAACGACACAUCCGGAAAUAAGACAGCGAUCCUGUGGGGUGACACCUGUCACCCAGGCUACUACUGCCCCGAGGGGACCUCUGUCAUGGUGCCUUGUCCCCGGGGAACCUAUAAUCCAGAUAGAAGUGGUACCUCUGAAGCCGCCUCCUGUAAAGCAUGUGAUCCAGGGAAAUAUUGCAAUGGGACGGCACUGAUAGCAGUCUCAGGGGACUGUUCUGCUGGGUACUACUGUACAGGCGGAGCCUGGAUCCCUGACCCCGUGGACAACGUAACAGGCAACAUCUGUCCCCAACACCAUGUGUGUCAGGCUGGCUCAGACACCCCCAAAACAUGCUCUAUCGGUUACUAUGCCAACAGUACAGGAUUGUCUGUCUGUGAGCUUUGUAUAGCUGGAUUUUUGUGCAGUCCAGGGUCAGAACCUGCUCUCUGUCCUAUGGGUUACUACUGUUUGGCCAGCACAGUCCUGAUUCCAAUCUCCCAAGGAACUCCCUGUCCUGUCGGAACGUUCGGAGACAAGAUGGGAUUAACAGAGGAAAGCAAUUGUACACAGUGUCCUGCGGGAAAAUACUGCGAGACCACGGGAUUGACCAAUUACACUGGAUUGAUAGCAGCUGGACACUGGUCAAGAUACGGAUCUGGCACCAGAACCCCUCUGAUUGACGACAGUGCCAUACUGGGAAUUUGUACCAAGGGUCACUAUUGUCUCGAAGGGAGUGAAGUUCCUUUACCCUGCCCCUCAGGGACUUAUGGAGACAGUUGGAAACUAACGUCCCAGGCAGUGUGUGAUGCAUGUGAUCCAGGAACUUACUGCCCUGAAACGAACAUGACAGCGACGGGAAGUCAGUGUGAUGCAGGAUUUUAUUGUAGUGGUGGAUCACCUGAGAGUGCGCCGGUCAACAAAACGUGGGGAGACGAGUGUCCUGCAGGUUCUUAUUGUCCCACUGGAUCUUCUUCACCAACUCCAUGUCCUGCUGGGAAAUACACAAAUUCCACACGAACGGUGACCUGCCUGGACUGUCCGAUUGGCCACUACUGUGUCCUGGGCACCAGUGACCCCGUCCCCUGUCCAGAAGGCUAUUGGUGCCCAGUGCAGUCUGUGUCAGCCAAUCUUUAUCCUUGUGCGAUUGGAACAUUCUUGAAUACUACAGGAGGACAGGCUGCUGCUAAUUGCCUGAGCUGUUCACCAGGGAAAUACUGUGAGACUGUGGGGCUCUCCAGACCAACAGGAGACUGUGAUGGUGGGUGGUUCUGUAUUACGGGUGCCACUGUGGCCCGCCCCACGCUGACUGCUCAGGGGGGACAGUGUACUGUCGGAAACUUCUGUCCUAAUGGCAGCUCAACAGAAACACCCUGUACCCCGGGAAUGUAUUGCGACAAUGUUGAGUUGUCUGCCCCUGUUGGGAACUGCUCAGCUGGUUACUUCUGUUCGUCAGGAUCCACCAAUUCAACCCCAGUAAACCAGGUGUACGGUGACGUCUGUCCACCAGGGACUUACUGUCCAGCAGGAAGUUCUGCCGGGACAAACUGUCCCCCAGGAACGUACCUCAACACGACCAGCGCCCAGAGUGAGGCUGACUGUCAGAACUGUGUCCAGGGCUCCUACUGUAGUGGCUAUGGCAACACAUACCCCACAGCUGAGUGUGAUGCCGGCUUUUACUGCCCGACUGGAAUGAAUGUCUCCAGCCCAUCAGAAUACACCUGUCCUCAAGGGCACUACUGUCCCCAGGGAAGCCACACACCCAUCCGAUGUGCGUCCGGGACUUACCAGGACCAGACUGGUCAAGGCUCCUGUGUCACCUGUCCAGCGGGAUUCUUCUGUGACAACACCAUGGCUCCAGUAGUUCUGUACAACAGCUCAUACUGUCCUAUAGGUUACUACUGCCCUGCUGGUACCCAGUUCUCCACCCAGUUCCCCUGCCCUAAGGGCACCUUCGGCAACGUGUCCGGUAUCCAGGCAGAAGCAGACUGUAUUCAGUGUCCAGGCGGCUACUACUGCGACAUGACUGCCCAGACCACAUAUACACAGAUCUGUAACGCCGGGUAUUACUGUCGACAAGGAGCCAAGUCAGGGACGCCCAGCCAGAGUCCAGACGCUGAUGAAUGUCCAGCUGGAUACUACUGUCCAGUCCAGACCUCAGAGCCCCAGAAGUGUCCACAAGGAACCUACUCCAAUGCCACCAAACUGACCGCUGUCACCGAGUGCACAAACUGUACAGCUGGUUUGUACUGUGGCUCCACGAACCUGAUUGAACCGAGUGGCACCUGUUGGGCUGGUUACUAUUGUCCAGAGUCCUCCACCUCUCCCACAGAACUGACCUGUCCAGCUGGAGCCUACUGUCAAAAUGCCAGUUCCAGUUUCACUCUUUGUCCUAAAGGAACCUACUCCAACGCCACAAACCUCCAGAAUGUGUCGGACUGCAGCCCCUGUCCUGGGGGACAGUAUUGUGAGACGGAUGGUCUCACUGCCCCCACAGGGCUAUGUGGGGAGGGAUAUUACUGUCCUGAGGGGUCCAUCUACAAAGAGCCACCUACCACCUUUUGUCCUGUUGGUCACUUCUGUCCCCAGGGGGUAUCAGGGCCUGUUCCAUGUAGAAAUUACAGUGAGGUGAAUCACACCCAUGCCAUUGAGUGCUACCCCUGUCCGGCCGGCUACUACUGCGUUCUCCAGGGACAGAGUGAGAUCUGCCCGCUAGGCUACUACUGUCCAGCAGGAACUGGUCUAGACUGGAUGGCCUGUCCCCGGGGCACCUACAGUGAUGUCGCUGGGAUUUACCAGGAGAGUCAGUGUAAACCGUGUCCCCAGGGCCAGUACUGUGACGGCGAACACCUCAGCUCACCGACUGGUUACUGUGGGCCUGGUCAUUGGUGUGUGUCCGGAAUCGAUCGUCAGUAUCCGAACGGAAUUAAUAACUCGGUGCCAUUGAACAACACUUGUUAUGAUGACCGGCAGUUAGGGUACGGAGGAAUUUGUCCAGUUGGUCACUAUUGUCCAGGAGGAUUGUCCAGUAUUUACCCCAUCAAGUGUUCUAAUGGAACGUACAGCAACACAGAGGGACUGGCUCAGUGCAUCACCUGUCCAGAGGGCUACUUCUGUUUGGAGGGUACCUCUAAUUACACAGACGGCCCCUGUCCAUCAGGAUACUACUGCCCCAGUGGAACACAAAACGCCAACGCAUUCCCGUGUCCCGCCGGAACCUUCAACAACGAAACCAUGAGGACCAAGCUGGCCGACUGUUUAUCCUGCACAGGAGGGUCAUAUUGUAACCAGGAUGGUCUGUCAUCUCCGUCGGGGGUGUGCAGCGCGGGCUACUACUGCAGCGGAGGAGCCGUCAACGCCACGCCCAGCGGUGUGGGAGGGGAUAACUGUCAGGCCGGGUAUUUCUGUCCGGAGGGAUCUGUUAACCCAACACCCUGUACCCCAGGGUACUACUGUGUGUCUGAUCACCUUAAUGACACGACCGGAUUAUGUAGCUCUGGAUAUUACUGCACUAGUAAAGCUACGAUACCCAACCCCACGGACGGAAAUGUCACAGGAGACAUAUGCCCUACAGGAGCCUAUUGUCCAUCAGGCAGCCCCUCCCCCACCUACUGCCAGGCAGGGUACUACCUCAACAGCACAGGAAAUGAUGACGUCACCGACUGUAAACAGUGUACACCCGGAUACUACUGCGAUGGCAGUGGAAAUGUUCUGCCAGACGGCCCCUGUUCUAGGGGGUACUACUGCCCCGGGGGUCAGGACUCUGCCACACCUGCCGGGUACAAUUGUACACAGGGCCACUACUGUCCUGAGGGUAGUUCCUCCCCACAGCGGUGUCCCUCCGGAUCGUACCAGGAUGAGUUUGGGCAGUGGGACUGUAAGGCUUGCCCGGCUGGUUACUUUUGUGACAAUGUGAUGUCCCCUGUGGUUCUGUAUAAUGACUCUUACUGUCCUACAGGCUAUUACUGCCCACUCAACACCACCAAUUCCAACCAGUACCCAUGUCCAGCGGGUACUUUCAAUAAUCAGACCCACCGCACCCAAAUGUCGGACUGUCAGUCCUGCUCGGGGGGUAUGUACUGUGACCAGGACGGAUUGUCUCAACCUGUGGGUAGCUGUCAGGCGGGAUAUUACUGCACAAGUGGUGCCAAUAGCUCCACCCCCACACAAGAUGCCAAUGCCAAUAUUUGUCCGGAGGGAUUCUACUGUCCAGUAGGAACGGUCACUCCUCAGUCUUGUCCACCAGGAACAUACAAUCCGUCCACCGGACGACAGGCUGUGGGAGAGUGUACUAACUGUACGGGUGGUCAGUACUGCCCUGACUACAACAUGACGGCUGCCGGUUCACAGUGCUCUCAAGGUUACUACUGCCCAACUGCUGCAGAUUCUGCCACUUUCAUCGUCUGCCCCGCUGGUUCUUAUUGUCCCCAGGGUAGUUCCACCACCUCGCCCUGCCCCUCGGGGACAUAUUCUAAUGUGACUGGACUGUCGGCAGUUACCCAAUGUACAAACUGCUCAGGAGGAUUCUACUGUCCAAGUACAGGAAUGACAGACACAGGGGCCCAAUGCUGGGGAGGUUACUAUUGCCCCACAGGUAUUGACGUACCAAACCCCGCCCUUUAUCUCUGUCCCAGAGGAAUGCACUGUCCUAAUGGAAGCGAAAUCUACAAGGAGUGUUCACCUGGAACUUACACAAACCAGACGGGGGCCUCCUCCUGUGACACCUGUCCGGAUGGCUUCUACUGUCUACCUGUACAACCUGAUAAUGCCACACUGAACGCACGACCCUGUCCAGAGGGAUACUUCUGUCCAGCAGGUACCGGAAUAAACUGGCAGUCAUGCCCCAGCGGUUCCUACAGUAACCAGCAGGGACUUUACAGCUCCUCCCAGUGUGUGGCUUGUGACGGGGGUCAAUACUGUCAGGGAGAACACCUCACCACACCCACAGCCAACUGCUCAGCUGGUUACUACUGCACAUCAGGAGUGGACCGUCCAAAGCCAGGAGCCAGUAACGACACCAACACUGCCAACUGCACGUGCCCAGAUCAGAGCUACUUUACAGGAGUGGGAGGGGUGUGUCCCGUGGGUCACUACUGUCCCGAGGGUUCCCCCAGUCCAGUGCCCUGUGCAGCAGGGACAUACGCUGACACAGAGGGUCAGUCUACUUGCUGGACCUGUCUCCAGGGCUACUACUGCCUGGCCAACUCCACAGGAUUCACGUCCUCACCCUGUCCUGUUGGUCACUACUGUCCAAAUGGAACAACUUACGACACUGAGAACAGGUGCCCUCCUGGGACAUACAACCCAACUACCAAAGGAACACAACUCUCAGACUGUCUGGACUGUCCCAUAGGGAAGUACUGUGCUGGGUAUGCAAACUCUGCCUACACUGGUAACUGUAGUGCUGGGUGGUACUGUACAGGUGGGGCAGAUAGCCCUAACACCACGACACAUGGCGGUCAGUGCAGUGCAGGAUACUACUGUCCAGAAGGCUCCUCUGCCCCCACCCCCUGCCCUGGAGGUCAGUACUGUCAAUUUGCUGGACUAGACACGCCCACUGAUAAUUGUUCGGCAGGGUACUACUGUACCGCCAUGUCAAUAACUCCUACCCCGACAGAUGGUACCACAGGUGAUGUGUGUCCCCCAGGCUUCUAUUGCCUGGCAGGGUCAGCCUACCCCACACCUUGCUCCCCAGGGACCUACAGCGCAACCCAGGGAAACACUUUGGCCUCGCACUGUCUACCUUGUGACUUUGGAGAAUAUUGUGCUGAACACAACUUGACGGCCACCUCAGGUAAUUGUAGUGCAGGGUACUAUUGUCCCCAGGGUGAGAUGUCGGACAGCCCCCGCCUCUGUAGUGUGGGCCACUACUGUCCAGAGCACUCGGCGGCACCCGUGAUCUGUCCCAGUGGGUGGUUCCAGGAGAAUGUGGGUCAGUCGUCCUGUGAGCUUUGUCCCGGGGGAUACUACUGUGACAACAGCUACGGCGUGGUCCUCAUCAACGACACAAUUAAAUGUCCAGAGGGCUACUAUUGCCCUCCAGGAACUUCUGCCAGUAACCAAUGGCCCUGCCCUCUGGGAACCUUCAACAAUCUGACUGGUCUGAACCAGAGCACCGACUGCACCCCAUGUACCGGAGGGUAUUACUGUGGAAUUGUGGGACAGAAUGCACCAACAGGACUGUGUCAAGCUGGGUAUUAUUGUCUUAUGAAUGCCAGGACAGCCACUCCUAAUCAAACCGGAGAGGCUGAUGUCUGUCCACAAGGAUCUUACUGCACUGAAGGAACAGCCAGUCCGACAGCCUGUCCCCCAGGGACUUACGGCGCUGCCACGGGUCUCCGUAAUGUCAGCGAAUGUACCCAGUGUACGGCUGGAUCAUACUGCACCACACCAGGACUCACUGCAACAGAAGGUCUGUGUGCUGCUGGUUACUAUUGUGAAGAAGGAUCUGACUCAAUCCAGAAAACCAUCUGUACCGCUGGCCACUUCUGUCCCUUGGGAACUGCUGUACCAUUCAAAUGUUCAGAGGGAACAUUUAAUCCAUACACCGGCCUAAACAGCUCCGACCAGUGUACACCCUGUACAGAGGGUCAGUACUGUGAGACAGAGGGCUUGAACAUGACCACAGGGCCAUGUGAAGCUGGUUAUUAUUGCCCAGGGGGACAGAACUCCUCCCGUCCUGCGGAUUAUCCCUGCACAGUGGGUCACUAUUGUCCCAUCAAUUCUUCACAGCCCAUACCAUGUGCCAACGGAACGUACAUGAACCAUUCUAUGGCUGCUCAGUGUUAUGACUGCCCAGAUGGAUGGUACUGUUUGGUGGGGACCCUGAUUGCUUUGUGUCCAGAGGGUCACUACUGUCCACUAGGAACAGGAUUUGACUGGAGACAGUGUCCAAUCGGUACAUAUAACAAUGAGACCGGCCUGUCCCAGGAGAGCCAGUGCAAAGCUUGUCCGGGAGGUAUGUACUGUGACCAGUAUGGUGCUUCCUCCCCCACGGGCCAGUGUCUGGCAGGGUACUACUGUGAGUACGGAGUGGACAGGAACAAUCCAACUGGUGGAAACAGGACCCUGGUGGGAGGGGCUUGUGUUGCCGCAGGUAACGAGACAGGCGUGGGUGGAAUUUGUCCAGUGAGUCACUACUGUCCCACAGGCACCACCACACCCAUCCCAUGUGGUGCCGGAACCUUCAGUAACAUUACUGGUCUAGCAACUUGUCAUCAGUGUCUGGCCGGUUAUUACUGUCUCUUGGGGGCGGAGAAUUACGUGGCCACUCCCUGUGAUCCCGGGUAUUACUGUCCAGCAGGAACCACCUCCGCCACACAGUAUCCUUGUCCAGCCGGCACCUUCUACAAUCUAACCAUGGCUACAACUGUGUCAGACUGUCUGCCCUGCCCAGGAGGAGAGUACUGUGCCACAUCUGGCCUCGGUGCCCCCACAGGAAAAUGUAGUCCAGGAUAUUACUGUACUAGUAAUAGCAGUUCAGCAAUGCCCAGUAGCCCAGAGGGUGGGCAGUGCCAGACCGGAUACUACUGCCCAGAGGGUUCAUACCAGCCCACACCAUGUGAUCCAGGAAGUUAUUGUCAAACCACAGGACUCAGUCUACCCACAGGAAACUGUACAGCUGGUUACUACUGCGUGCUUCAGGCUGACAGCCCCACCCCCACAGACAACACCACAGGAAACCUCUGCCCCGUGGGUAACUACUGCCCCUCUGGGAUCGCCCUGUAUCAGCCUUGCCCCAUGGGAUACUACCUGGAUGUGACCGGACAAGAUGAACUGUCAGACUGUAAAAACUGCACUGGCGGAAUGUACUGUCCAGGAAGUGGAGAAGAGGUUCCUGCCGGCAACUGCAGUGCAGGAUAUUACUGUCCUCAAGGUCAAAGUUCAGCCACACCUCCAUCCUACAAUUGUCCUGUGGGUCACUACUGCCCGGGGGGUAUGGACUCAGCUGUUCGCUGUGAGAAUGGUACAUACCAAGACCAGACAACCCAGAGCAGCUGUAAGGUGUGUCCAGCUGGAUAUUUCUGUGACAACACUGUGUCCAUUGUAGUUUUGGACAAUUCCACCACUGUGUGUCCUAUGGGUUAUUACUGCCCGGCGGGAACACGAUAUAACAACGAAUUCCCUUGUCCCAUCGGAACCUUCAACAACUUGACAGGAAUCAGUGACACGAGUCAAUGCUCGCCAUGCUCCGGCGGUUAUUACUGCCCGACGCCAGGGAUGGUAACUCCGACGAGCGAGUGCGACUCGGGAUUCUUUUGUAAACAGUACGCCAACAUCUCCACUCCUGUACAAGGAUCGGAUGCCAACAUUUGUCCUGAGGGCUACUACUGUCCAGUGGGAACCACAAAUCCAGUCCCCUGCCCUAAAGGAAUGUACAGCAACUCCACCGGGCUACAGGGAGAGGUGGACUGUGUGAAGUGCCCAGCAGGAAGUUACUGUGAGCAGGUGGCUAUGACAGCCCCCAGUGGCCUCUGUGAUGCAGGAUACUACUGUGAGCUCCAGUCCAAUAGCUCCCAGCAGGCCAUCUGUACCGCAGGAAGUUACUGUCCCCAGGGCUCAGGCAGCCCUACUCCCUGUCCCAGAGGAACAUACUCCAACACCCAGGGGCUGGCCAACGAAACACAAUGUACUGCUUGUGAUGCUGGCAAAUACUGCAAUGACACAGGCCUGACAACCUAUGUGGCUGACUGUGACCCUGGGUUUUACUGCCCAGGAGGAAAUGACAUACCUAACCCCGUGGCCACACCCUGUCCUAUUGGUCUCCAUUGUCCAGCAGGCUCUGGGGCCCCUGUUCCGUGUAUACCAGGUACUUACACCAACCUGACCCAGCAAGACGUCUGUCUCACCUGUCCCGCCGGCUUCUACUGUGUCCCAGAGGAUGUCAUUGCAGGUAAUUCAACUUCAGGAUAUCGCCUCUGUUCCCAAGGUUUCUACUGCCCGGCAGGCACAGGGAGGAACGAGUCUGCUUGUCCAGCAGGAACUUACAGUGACCAGCUGGGGCUGACCGAUGCCAGUUCCUGCCAACAGUGCACUGGUGGUAAAUUCUGUGAUGUGACGAACCUGACUGCCCCAGCUGGGGACUGCAGCCCUGGAUAUUACUGUACGGAAGGAGUCGACACGCCCACUCCCACAGGAAACCACACAGGAACUGGGGGGAUAUGUCCCCAGGGAUACAAAUGCCCAGGAGCUACAGUAAUACCUGAAGGCUGUCCUGCAGGCACAUAUCAGGACCAGUCAAACCAGGCCACCUGUACGUCGUGCCCCGCUGGAUAUUACUGCACCGCCAACAGCACCACCUACACAGACAAACCCUGUCCCUCGGGCCACUACUGUCUCACCUCAACCCAAUACGACACUCAGUACCCCUGUCCUAGGGGCACCUUCAACAACCACACAGGUCAGGCUAAUGACUCGGCUUGUUCCUCCUGUAACCCGGGGUACUACUGUGGGUUCCCUGGACUCAGUACCCCCACAGACCAGUGUGACCCGGGCUGGUAUUGUACACUCCAGUCCUAUCUAGCCCAGCCCUCAGCACCCGAGGGUUGGAUGUGUGUGGCAGGCCAAUACUGUCCACGAGGAAGCUCCGCCCCCACAGGAUGUGACCCUGGUCAGUAUUGUGACACCAACACAAUGUCUACUCCACGGGGUAAUUGUUCCAGUGGUUACUACUGCACCACCAACUCCACCACUGCCACACCCACGGGUACAGGCGGAGACAGAUGCCCCCCAGGUCACUACUGUGUAGAGGGAAGUUUCACCCCCGAGCCCUGCCCCCCAGGAUACUUCCAGCCCAGCUAUAGUGCCCAGAACCUCUCUUACUGUAUUGCAUGUACGGCGGGCUCGUACUGUAAUGGUAGCGGACUUAGUGCUGUGGACGGACAAUGCGAUGCAGGAUAUUACUGUCCUGCCGGCCAGACUGUUCGUAACCCCAGUGCCUAUGAGUGCCCAGCUGGAUACAUGUGUCCAGUGGGAUCUAGCACCUAUCAACUGUGUAGUGCGGGAUUCUACCAGGACGAAGUCGGACAGCCCACAUGCAAGGAGUGCCCAGCGGGCUUCUAUUGUGACAACUCCGUGGGGCCCAUCACUAACUACACUGUCUACAUCUGCCCUGAGGGUCACUACUGCCAAAAUGGCACCAAGGUAUCUACCGAAUUCCCCUGUCCCAGUGGCACUUACAACAAUGACACAGGACUGAGGGCAGAGUCGGAGUGCUUCCCCUGUCUGGGGGGUUACUACUGCCCCUCAGCGACCGUUAAUCCCUACCUACCAUGUGGAGCGGGGUUCUACUGCAGAACAGGUGCCCAGACAGCAGCACCCAUGCAAAACUCGGAUGCUUACGAGUGUCCAGUUGGUCACUACUGUCCAGAGCAGUCCACUGAGCCCACUAAAUGCCCAUCUGGAACCUAUUCCAAUACAACGAGACUGAUGAACAUGACAGACUGCACACCGUGUACCAAAGGCUGGUACUGUGACAUCACAGGACUUACAGCCCCGGUAGGGUUGUGUUCUGCUGGUUUCUAUUGCGUGACAGGAUCUGACAACAUAGCUCCUGCCAUCUGUCCUGCUGGCAAAUACUGCAUUGAAGGAACACACACACCAACCAACUGUCCCUCUGGCACUUUCUCGAAUACAACUCGCCUCAUGUCCUCUGGGGAGUGUACCAAUUGUACGGCCGGUUACUACUGCCAACAGGCAGGACUGACCACAGAAGAAGGAAACUGUACCCAGGGAUACUACUGUCCCACAGGCUCCACCAACAGCAUGGCGGUCAUCUGUCCCAUCGGACUUGUGUGUCCUGAGGGUAGUGACCAGCCUAAGUCCUGUGCCCCUGGGUAUUUCACCAACCAGACUGGACAGUGGCAAUGUAACAUCUGUCCCAAUGGAUUUUACUGCCUGCCAGAGAAUGUAACAGCAGGCAUCCCAACUUCUGGACAUUUUGACUGUCCGGCCGGCUACUACUGUCCAAGUGGAACGGGAAUGGACUGGAAUCCCUGCCCCAAGGGAACGUACAGUCAACAGACCAAUCUAUUCCAGGUAACCCAGUGUAAGGAUUGUGACGGAGGCUAUUACUGCUCAGUAGAGGGCGCCACCAAUGUGACUGGACCAUGUGACCCGGGAUAUUACUGUCAGUCAGGAGUUGACCGAUCUAACCCUGACAAUGCUGCCAACACCACAGCUAACAACACCUGUAAUCUGCUGGGAGGACACACAGGUUAUGGAGACAUAUGUCCCAUGGGAUACCACUGCCCUCUGGGAAGUGAGCUGCCAGUGGAAUGUCCAGCGGGAAAAUACCAGAACGAGAUCGGACAGAGUGUGUGUAAAACUUGUCCUGAAGGUUACUACUGCCUUGUCAAUUCCACCGACUACAGUGACAAGCCCUGCCCCUCGGGAUAUUACUGCCCAGCUGGAACCCAAUCAGACACGGAGAAUCCCUGCCCUGCAGGAACCUUUAACCCCGCCCAGAUGCAGACCAACUCCAGCGCCUGUCUAAGUUGCACUGCGGGAAUGUACUGUCAGACCACAGGGUUAUCCAGCCCCACCGGCAACUGCAGUGCUGGGUACUACUGUACGGGAAGCUCGGUCAGCCCCAUGCCUACCGACCCUGCCCAGGGAGGAAAGUGUCUGAGGGGUCAGUAUUGCCCCGAGGGAAGUCCAGCGGCCAUAGAAUGUCCGGGCGGACAAUACUGCUUCAGUGAGAGAUUGAGUGAACCCACUGGAAACUGCUCACAAGGCUACUACUGUAAUGGAAGCACCAUCCUGCCCACGCCUCCAGAUGGCACCACUGGUGGUGGAUGUCCCCUAGGCCACUACUGUCCAACAGGAAGUGGGGUCCCCAUUCCAUGCCCCAUGGGCUAUUACCUGGACAUGAUCCUUAGCAGUGUUUUAUCAGCCUGCAAGAUUUGUAAACUUGGAAAGUAUUGCGGCAGUGAGGGAUUGUCAGAUGUCACAGGUCCCUGUGACCCCGGAUACUACUGCCCCGCCGGUCAGGUCUCGGCCACACCUGCCAAUUACAGCUGUCAGCCUGGAUACUUCUGUGUGGGAGGGAAAUCGGCCCCAGAGCCCUGUCCCUCAGGCUCAUACCAGGAUGAACCUGUGAUGUCAUCAUGUAAGACCUGCCCCGAGGGCUACUUCUGCAAUGCCACUAAUGGCCCCGUGGACAACUAUGCCAACACGGUGUGUCCGGAGGGAUUCUACUGUCCGAAUGGAACAGAGCACGCUGAACAGUACCCAUGUCCCAAGGGAACCUUCAACAACAGAACUGGUCUGUCGAAUUCCUCGGAGUGUUCCUCGUGUGUGGGAGGGUGGGCAUGUGAUGUCACUGGAUUGACCACGCCCCUAAGACUCUGUGCUGGAGGAUAUUACUGUAAGACUGGUGCAGAUUCUACAACACCUACACAAGCACCCUAUGCUGACCAAUGUCCAGCAGCUUACUACUGUCCUGAGGGAACAAUUGAUCCCAUCCCCUGCCCCGAAGGAAGUUACAGCCCUACCCCAGGGUUACAGGAGGAAAGCCAGUGUUUGAAUUGUACAGGAGGGUACUUCUGUAACGAAACAGGGUUACUGACAGUCGUGGGUAAAUGUCAGCCCGGAUACUACUGUCCACCAGGGUCCAAGAUUGCCACGGAGAUCAUCUGUACUGCCGGUCACUACUGUGGGGAGGGAACACAGAAUCCAGACCCAUGCUCAAAUGGGACCUUCUCUAACAUCACGGGACUGGUGGCGCCCUCUGACUGCUGGAACUGUACCCCGGGGUAUUACUGUAAUGGACAAGGCCUCACAGCAGUGUCAGGACCUUGUAAAGAAGGUUAUUACUGUCCGUCAGGAUCUAGUGUGGAGACAGAGAUCAUCUGUCCGGCGGCCAAACACUGCCCCACAGGGAGUGACCAGCCCCAGGACUGUCUCGCUGGGACACAUGCUGACCACGCCGGAGCUGCUUCCUGUACUGAGUGUCCAGAGGGUUACUACUGUGUACCAGCUCUGACUGUCGCAGGAAAUGCAGCAUCGUCCAAAACGCCAUGUCCUGAGGGCUAUUAUUGUCCGAAUGGCACCGGCUACGACUGGAAGUCCUGUCCCGCAGGAACGUACAGCAAUGUAACAGGCCUCAGCAAAGACUCGGAAUGUACGCCAUGCCCUGGAGGGUACUUCUGUCAAGGUGUGAACUUGACCACACCCUCUGGUAUGUGUAUGGACGGUUACUACUGUGUGUCCGGAGUGGACAAAGCCAACCCACUGAUGCUGAACGAUAGUCAGUGCCCCACAGGAACUGUCCAUCCAAUCAUCGGUCACCAAUGUCCAACAGGUCACUACUGUCCAGAAGGUACAGAGUAUCCCAUUGGCUGUCCAGCGGGAUCCUAUCAAGAUCUGACCAAUGAAAAGGCCUGUAAGAACUGCCCAUUGGGCUACUACUGCUAUGCCAACACUUCAGACUACUCGCCAUUCCUAUGUCCAGGAGGAUACUACUGCCCUCUGAAUACCACAGAUCCACACGAACAUCCAUGUCCAGCAGGAACCUUCAAUAAUCUGACCACCCAACAGAGUGACAUGGCCUGCCUGCCCUGUACCCAGGGAAUGUACUGCCAGGGGUCAGGAAAUGCCUACCCUACAGGGAACUGCUCAGCAGGCUGGUAUUGUACCAAUGGAUCUUCCGUCAGCACGCCAUCAACUACAGGAGGCCAAUGUCAAGCUGGCUACUUCUGUCCAGAGGGGUCUUGGGAAAUGAUCAAGUGUACGUUUGGUAAAUACUGCUCUACUCCAGGACUUUGGACCCCCACAGGAGACUGUCAGGCCGGCUACUACUGUCCCGAGGGGUCAACUUCCCUCCAGCAAGUGGACUGCCCCAUCGGUCACUACUGCCCCACUGGAAGUGGUCUUCCGGAACCCUGUCGCAACGGAACAUACGGCCCCACCACUCGGUUACAAUCUGAUGCCCAGUGUACACCUUGUGAUGGUGGUAUGUACUGUAAUGGUACUGGACUGAGUGCCGUGACUGGUCCCUGUGACCCAGGAUUCUACUGUCCUGCUGGUCAGUCCGUCCCCAACCCUUAUGAGUACCGCUGCCCGCCAGGCCACUACUGCGUGACCAACACAAGUACUCCUAUAAGAUGUUCCAGCGGAUAUUUCCAGAACGAAUACGAGAAAGAUUCAUGCAAAGUCUGCCCAGAAGGGUACUACUGUGACAACAGUGUGACAGCUGUGGGAGACCUCGCUAACUUCACCUGUCCUGAGGGGUACUACUGCCCCACCCAGACCGAGCGCUACAACCAGUACCCAUGUCCAGCGGGAACCUACAACAACCGUACCAUGCGAGUCAAUGAGACGGAAUGCCAGUGGUGUCCUCCUGGGUCUUACUGUCAGAGCUCCGGGUUACCGGUUCCCGAGGGACUGUGUUAUGCUGGGUACUACUGUCUAGGUAACAACACGGAACCAAAUCCUGUCGCCUAUAUCUGUCCAAUCGGUAACUACUGUCCCGAGGGAAGCUACCUCCCGACUCCUUGUCCCUCCGGCACUAUGGCAGUCAAUACGGGAAAUGUUAAUGUCACAAACUGCGAGAUCUGUAGCCCAGGCAGAUACUGUACAACCAACAGCUCCAAAAAUGGAGUGAGUCUGCCUUGCAGUGCAGGUUAUAUCUGCCUACAAGGGUCAGACAUUUCUAACCCUGCAGACAAUGUCAAGGGUUACAUCUGCCCUGUCGGACACUACUGCCUAGAGGGCGCUGUCAAGGAAACUAAGUGUGACAUCGGAACUUACGGACCGACGGAGGGGCUGGGUGCUUGUCUGGUGUGUCCUGCGGGAAGAACUUGUCCAAGUCAGGGAAUGAACGACACGUUGCCGUGUCCGACUGGGUACUACUGUACUAAUGGAACCUCGGGAGAUGGAGUGCCUUGUCCUAUGGGUACCUACAACCCCCACGAACAGCUGGUGUUUGAGACAGAUUGUUUGCCCUGUAGCCCGGGCCAGUUCUGUAAUGAGACUGGGUUGUCUUCCACAGCUGGGGCUUGUAGCGCUGGAUUCCUUUGUGUGGGCAAUGCCACCACUGCCACACCCAAUGAUGGAACCAAUGGACCGUGUCCUGUUGGACAUUACUGUCCAUCUGGCACCACAACAGCUAUUCAGUGUCCCAAAGGAACCUACAGGAACCAGACUGGCGCUGGUACUGUGGGAGAUUGCUGGCCUUGUAAGGCUGGACACUACUGUGACUUGUUGGGAAUGACCGGGCCCACUGACCUCUGUUCCGCAAGGUACUACUGUCCCGACACUGCAAAGAUUGAGUCCGACUCCCCUUCAACACAUCUCUGUCCUGCAGGAUUCUACUGCCCCAGAGGAACUGCCGACCCUAUUGGAUGUGACCCAGGUACCUACCAGCCUGUGUCAGGUGAAGAGACCUGUAUAUCCUGUCCCACCGGGUCUUACUGCCCAGGUAACACCAGCUCACCUGUCGCCUGCCCCUCCUACUCUUACUGUCCAGGUAACACCUCAGAUCCAAUCCUCUGUGAGAAUGGAACCUACACCUCAGACACCACAACAGGCCUGGAGUUUGCCUCCGACUGUUCAGCCUGUCCGUCAGGUGUGUAUUGCCGCGGGGGACAGGUAGCAGGGAACUGCUCAGCUGGUUACCUGUGUGUCGGCGGACAGGAUCGUCCUGACCCCCCAGGCUCACUCUGUCCUUAUGGAUACUACUGUCCAGAAGGUACAACAGCCCCCCAGUCCUGUCCCCCACAGAGUUUUAUUGACAAGGUGGGAGCGAUGAGCGAUGGAGAAUGUGGCAGCUGUCCUGGUGGCCGGCUCUGUCCAGGAGGCCCCACCUCCAUUCCAUGUUAUACUGGCUCAUACUGUCUGGAGGGAGAUGCAGGAAAUCCCUACCCCUGCCCCGUACUGACCUACAAUGACCAGGAGGGAGCCAACUCCAGCAGCUGGUGCCAACCUUGUCCAGGAGGGUACAUGUGUCCAAUUGCCAACCUCACAACCUAUGAGCUUUACCCAUGUCCAGUUGGAAUGUACUGUCCUAACGCGACCAGCAUUGCUUAUGAAUGUCCGGUAGGAACAUACAGAGACACCCAAAAGGCUGCUAGCAUCACCGACUGCCACUUAUGUCCAGCUGGGUUCAAAUGUCCGGAUGCCAACAUGACCUACUCUGGUAUCCAAUGUCAGACUGGCUACUACUGUCCCGAGGGAUCCCACAACGAAACCAUCUGUCAAGCGGGGUACUACUGUAAUAGAUCCAUGUCUCAGGUGCCCUGUCCAUAUGGCUACUAUUGUCCUGAGGGAUCAGCCACACCUAUCCGGUGUCCACAGGGCCACUACUGUGGGAAACUGGACGACUGCAACAUGACUGAUGCAGGUGCCAUUGAACCAGUCAAGUGCCCCCUCGGCUACAAGGAAUACGACGGAUCGCCACGAGCCACGUUUAACGACACCUGUGAGCCGUGUGCUCCAGGAACGUUUGGCGCUGACCCAAAUCGUGCUGUGUGUGAGACUUGUAAAGCUGGAACUGUCUGUCUGGCGCUGGCGACGUCAGACCAACCUGUCGCUAACGAUUCUUCCCUAGCCUGGGCGUUCGGUUUCAACUCCACCAACUCCUACAUCUGUCCUAAAGGUUACUACUGCCCAUCCGGAAGUUCUGAGCCAACACCUUGUCCCCAAGGUCGUUACAAUCCCAACUUUGCUGGAGGCAGCAUCAUAGACUGCCCACAGUGUCCAGUGGACCACUUUAACCACCUGACUGGUCAGAAAGGCUGUUUCUCUUGUGGAGGAGAGGCUUACCAGGACAAAGUCGGGCAGCCCACCUGUAAAUGUACGGGGGCGGGGCGAGAUUUCCAGGAGAGUGAUCGUCAGUGUCCAUGUGCGGCCGGAUUCUUGGAACUAGCGGACAACACAGACUGUGUCAAGAAAGUGUAUGACCUCUGUAAAGAGGGCACCACACGUGCUCAGAACGGCCAAUGUCUCUCUGAUGCAGAGUGGGAGAACUAUUGCAAGAACCAGGUGUGUACGGAGUAUGUCAGCUUUGAUCGACUGAUGGGAAUGUGUCUGUGUAAGACCGACGACCUUGAGGAAAUCUGUAACCCUGAAUGCAGAAUCGCCCAGAGAUACAGUGUGUCCUUCAAGUGUUCCGAGCCCCCUCUGGAGCCCCACGUUAUCCUGAGAGACAGCAACAGCACUAUUGUGAAAGAGUAUGCCGUAAGUGGACUCCUGAAAAUGAUAAAUGCUCGAAAUGCCAUAACAUCAGAACAAUGUAGCAGCAGAGAUAAUUCUGACUACCCGGUACACAUCAUAGAGAUGACAGAUAAUGGCUUCCUCGGAGUGUAUAAUCCUAACGCCACCCAGGUGAUGGGAAUGCUGGACGCUCACAUCAAAGGAACCAUCACUGGGAACAUCACUGCCGACAGCAACAUUAACGCCAUCUACACGGGUCGCCGGCGGCUACUGGCCACCUCCACCAACAACGGGUCUCUGUUCUCGGGAAUUGAGAACCCUGUGGUGUGUCUGACAUAUGAAGAGUACAUGCUUUUCUCAGUCAGCUCCACAUAUUACCCUGUCUAUGAUGUGAACAACCUGUUUAACACCAAUGACCAGUUUGACUAUGGAGGGUUCAGGACUCUGCUGGAAGCCAUGACUCAGACUAGUUCUACAGCCACUCUUUUCUCCUACCAGUUCAAGGACCCAGGGGUUUAUGUCUUCUCUCUCAGUACAAACGCCAACAAGAAAAUGUACAUCCGAGUAAUGGCACAGGGAGCCCAGUGUGCUGAGAAUGGUCCGUUCUUCCCCCCCACCUCAGGGUACAUUAUACAGAAUGGAAUCUCUGUGGCCUCCGACAUCCUGAAGACACCCGACUGGGAGAUCAUCUUCAUUUUGCUGGGAACUGCCUUCAUCGCCAUGGUCUUCAUGCUGCUGGCUCUAGUUUUGUUCAGGAAAUACGGCUGGUCCAAGACUUCGUAUCUCACCCCCUUCUACCGUGCCGUGACACGACUGUAUAACUUUGACGACUACUCCAGUAAGGGCUCUGCUGUACGACCAGCCAAGAAGUACCACAGGAACAUGCAGGCCAUUACCAUGGGUCGUAGCGACAGCGACUCUGAUCUCGCUGGAAUUCUGGACGCUAAUACAAUUGAGACAAAGAAUGAUGAAUUCUGGGAUUACGACAAACAGAUCGAUUUGGAGGCUUUCAAUUCACGUACCUUGUAUGACACACUGUCUAAACAGUCACGGGCUGUCACCAACACCAUCGGAAAACACAAAGACGAGACCAAACAAAUGUACAACAGGAUAGCCAAUCAAACAGAAUCUCUCAAAGGACUUUGGGCAGCCAAGAUGAACUUGAAAGGAAAAGCCUCAAUGGCUACAGAUGAGGACCUUGUCAACUAUGAGAACAAACUGGAGGCCUUGGAAAUCGAACUGGAACGCAGACGAGACGUUGGUCGUAGGUUUGAGGCCAUUCUUAACAAACAGAAGGAACUAAUGAUGGAGGAUGAACUUGGAAGAGAAAAACAUCAAGUUGCCUAUCAAUCCUGUCUAAGAGAAGCUGCCAGAAACUUGACUGAGCACGUAGAAAACCUGCAGCAAGGUAAACUGACCAGGAACGGAGAAUUCGACAUGGCUGCUCAUCGUUCUGUUGGCUCGAGGGUCUCCCUGCUACUGCAGAAGAUGUCCAGCGAAAUCACGGAGGAGUGCCAGAGGAUUGGUGCUUAUGGCAUCCUUGGACUGGGCACUGGAGGUCAGCUGGUCAAAUCAGGAAAGAAUGUGCCAUUGAAGCGGGAAGAUUUGAUUGGUCCAGACAUGAGUGUCAGGGCUUCUGACCUCAUCAGUCAAGAUGCCAACUCUGGUUUACUUCGACCCAAAGCAGGAACAAAGAUGAUCAUGGCUAGUGGUGCUCUUUCGGAGGUUCCCUCUGACUAUUUCGUGCACCCACAAACUGGACAUGUGUUGCCGAUUCAAGGCAACGUGGCUUUCGACCCAGUGACAUCUAGACUGGUCUUUGUGUCAGAUUCAGCUACAGGAGAGGCUGCAAGAGCAGAUGAGCCUUUCAUUCCAUUUGUACCAUAUCCUGUCCAAAACAACCAGCCAAUCAAAACCAAGCUCCGCCCAUUGGAGCACAAGAGUGAUUUAAGGUAUGGCUCUCCCAUGAAUGACCCUGAGACAGGACUCCAUGUACCUAUAAUGGGCGUAACCAUGCACCCUCAGACUGGAGCCCUCCUCCCAAUCGGCGGGACCCACAUCGACCCAGUAACAGGAAUGCCAACCCCUAUAGAAGUGGGAUCCUUAAUGGUGGACCCCAACAGUGAACAACCUGUACCCAUCCUUGCUGUGACCCUUGACCCAGAGACAGGUGAUGUUGUACCAGUGGGAGGAACAAAACCUGGCAGUCGACACAACCUUCCCAUCAUUCCCGGUGACACUUUCGUGGAGCCUCUAAGUGGUAAACUCGUGAGAGUUCAGAGUGGGUACUUAUUAGAUGCCAACGUUCUGCCCUCUGGUGGAGGUUUCCAAGCUCUCCUGGACUCGAGUGUACUCGCAUGCGAGGCCAGGGUCAUUGACACAUUGAGGGAACUCAAGGAUGCUCUAGCUGACUCGACAGGAACUAACGUGAAUGUGAGACAUGAGCUCAGUAACCUGGAAGCAGCCACAAAAGAACUAGAGAAAGCUCGCUCCAGGAUGAAGGCAUUCUUACUUCGAACACAGCAUGACGUGGAGCGCCGCCUGGACCGAUCAUCUAUUCUGGCUGCCACAGGAGGGUGUCCAGGAAUGUAUGAGUUCUUUAAGACUGGUCAGUUACUGCCGAUCUUGGUGGGUACGUCAAUGCUGGAUCCAUCUGGCACUGAACAGCAGGUACCAAUCCUCGGGGCAGAUAAAGAAAAGAAGACUGGUAACAUUAGACCACUGGGAGGUACUAUGGAGGAUCCAGAGGGGGCAGGAUUGGUGCCAAUCAGUAUUGGAAAGAAGGCACUGGAUCCUGUGACAGGAGAAAUCAGCCCAGUGAUUGGUAUCCGUAGUAACCCAGAGACUGGACUGGCUGUACCAGUGACCAUGUCCUCGGGCGGUCCCAGGAAGAAGAAGCCACCACCAGGGGCCCUCGCAAUGCUGGAGGAGGAGCUAGUCUCCAGGCGAGGGUUCUGGAGAAGACAGAAACAGAAGGAGAGGGAACUAACCCUCAAAGAGCACCAGUUUAUUCAGCAGCUUCUUUUCGACAUGGACUCUGUGACUUCAAGAGAUGUGCAGAGAUUCUUGGAGGAGAUUGAUGCAGAUGUUCACCAACUUUCGGAGGCUGAGAAACGGGAGGUUCAGAGGAGAGGUGGAGCAGAGCAGGAUUAUGCCACAGUAAUACCACCAGAGGUCAUCGCAGUUCUGACCCAGAGCGACGCCAAAGAACACGAGGGAGAGGAGGCGCACGUGGCCUCGCACGUCAAGUUGGCUGACUCGCUGAGACGAUUCUUCGAUAAACUCCAACAGGAGGAAAAGCAGUACAAGGACAGGAUUGGUGAUCUGGAGGGAGCUAUGAAUCCUGAUGCAGAGAACACGACACUACAGAGGUACAAACAAGCCAAGAUGAGGCUUCAGGCAGAGUUACGAGACACGCUGGUGUCCAAGAUGGAGAAUCUCGACGAAGCUCACUCCUCUCUGGAGUAUGCCAGAGAAAGAUCUGAGCUGUGUGCCACGGAAGCUAAAACUGUCCUGACUCGAGCGAGCCUGCUAGCUGGAGACUAUGACUGUCAGCUGUCUGGCGUGUACGGGGAUGUCGACUCCUCGGGCGAGAAAGAAUCGGAACUCAUUCCUCUGCUGAAGCAGCUGAUCGCAAUGUUAGAAUCUGGAGGUCCAUUUACGCUGUCUUCAGAUCUGCUGAACUUGAUCAAUCAAGGCACCACAGGUGGUGCCGGUCAGCACGUAACUAAUAUUAACAUUGGAGGCAGUGGUGGUUCCGGGGACAUCAGACGUAGAGGAAGCACUGACAGCCUCAGAAGACGCAGGGAUCAGAAGGAAAGAAGUAAACUCAAUAAAUCUGGUGUCAAAACAACAUCACAAACUGGCGGCUCAAAGGAUGAGACAUCCAUCUUUGAUGGUGCAAAGGGCAAAGGAGACAAAGGUCAAGGUGGUGCAGGGUCACAAGAACUUUCCCGAGCUCUGUUUGAGAAGCAAGCAUAUGAGGCAGCCAAGUUGGAAAACGAUUUGAAGAAGGAUGAGAUUGAUGAUGUGAAUAAGACACUGGAUGACUGUGAGCUGGAGAAGAAGAAGGCCAUGGCUGAUGCACAGCACGAGCUGGAGAAGAAAAUGGCUCGUACCAAACAAGAACAGGAGAAGGAAGUGAUCAUGAUGGAGUAUGCCAGCAACAUGCAGAAACUGAAUGAAGCCUUUGAAAAGAGGAAGAGGAAGCAGCUGGAUAAACUCAGAAAGAGGCUGCUAGAUGCCAGACGUCAUAGAAAGAAGGACUUAGCCAGGAAACAUUUGACUGAGGCUAAAGACAGUGGCGUCUCAGAGGAGUCUGUUCCCAGCAUAGAAAUGCCAUCUUACGAAGAGUUGAUGAACCAGUUAUUGAAACUCCAACAACAACAAGAGCACAUGCUGGCAGACAUCAGAAAGAACAGUGGCGAGGUUCAGGACCAUGUCAAGAGUCCAGAAAUUGAUGAGGAGUUUGAGCAGCAGAUCCGAGGUCUGGACAUCAGCAAGAGCCAGAAAGAGGCUCUCAUCAAUGAAGCAAAGAAACGUCGCAAAGAACUCCAACAGGAGAUUGAGGCCAUGAAGGAAAAACUGAGGAAGAGGAAGGAUAGAAAGAGCAAGGCAGAACUUACAGAGGAAGAACAACAAAGUCUGGAUGAAGAAGAGAGGAAGAAUCUCCUGAGGGUGAGGGAAACCCAGGAGGCAGCAGACAGAGACAUGGAAGAAGAGGCCAUCCUCAGCACCAUCAAAAUCAUGGAGCGGGAUCAGCAGAGGAAAGCUGGAGAGCAGGCCCUGAGAGAAAUGCUUCAGAACCAGACGGAGUCUGAGAGAGACCGAAUUCUACAGCAGUACCAGGACCAGAUCAGAAAACUAAACAGUCGAAUGGACGACAACAGGAACGAACAAGUAGACAAGGUCAAGGCCAAACUGGCUGCCAAGAAACGUAUGAAAGAAGAGCUGGAUAAAGAGAGAGCUGUCAACAAAGAACUGGACAGGAUCACAAAGAAACAUGCAGCACAGAGUGAUGCCGAGGCAGCAGACUUAAUCAUGCAGAUCAACGAGAAGGUAAAUGGUGACAAGCUGUUGUCAGAGCAACAGAAACUUGUGGAUGAGCAGACGACACAACUGGAGCGACUCGAGGAGAAACAGAGUGAGGAACUGAGGAGACUGAAUCAGGAGGCUGAGGAAGAGAGGAGCAAGGAUGGCCAGGAGAUCCUCCACAACAACCAGCUACAGAAACAAAUGGCCCUUCAAGCCCACCAAUCUAAAUUUGAGAGAGACAUGUUGCUGCACCACCAGAACUUGACACCGGCCGAUGCCGAGUACCAGAAGCUGCUGGCUGCCCACAAAGCUGAAAUGGAGGCUCUAGAGCAAAACCUCAAUUCAGAGAAGGAGCGCCAGAAAGAGGCUCUUCGAAAGAAGAUUGAAGAGAAGAAGAAGAGAAGAGAGGAGCAGCUGGAAGACAAACACAGGAUGGAAGUGGCUCAGAAACUGUCUAGUCAACAACAGGAGCGGGACAAGCUCAACGAAAAGAUUGCAAAGAAUGUGGAAAACACUGCUCUCAAGAGCAAUGUCAAGAACAAAGACAAGGAUAAGGCAGAAAACAUGAUCUACACCGUUCUGAGACAGCGCCAUCUGAAGGAAGCCAUCCAUCUGGAGGACCAGCUCGCUCGAGAGCUCGAGGCUGCUCGUAGGAGAGCUCGAACUGAGAUCGAGGAGAGCAGACAGAAAGAGAGAGAAAAACUCCUGGCUGCAUUUGAGCAGGAAAUGCGAGAUCUAAUAGCAGAUUCUGGCAACAUGGACCCAGCAGAACUGGCCCGUCGUAAGGAGCAACUCAAACAAAAACAACAGCAUGAGCUCAGUGAGUUUGACAAUCACACAGCCCAGAUGUUAGAGAGAGCUGAACAGGAUGUUAGUCCUCAACAGGAAAUCAAACAGACUCACGACCGUCUAAACCUCAAAGAGAAACAGCUCCAGGAACUGGCCGAUGCCAUGAAGACAUUCUCUCCUUCAGAUGUACUUCAGAAGCAAUACGCAGAGCAGGCGAAAAUGGCUGCGGAGGAAGCAAGGAAGUACAAGGAAGAUAUGUACAAGAAGUUACAGGAGGAGCUGGAGAGGAGGAAAGAGGAACAAAGGCUGGCUGAGGAGGAGAGGAAGAGGAAGAUGUUAGAGAAAUACAAACAACUUGAGGAAGAAUUGGAAGCGGAGGCAAGACUUGAAGAGCAAAAGCAAAAAGAUCGUGAGGCCGAGCGUGAGAAACUCCGAAAACAGCAGAUGGAGGAACGAGAGCGUCGUGAGAGGGAAGAGAUCCAGAAAUCCAGCUCCAGUCAGGAGGAAAAGGAGAAACUCCUCAGGGAGCACCGUGAAAACAUGGAGAGAAUCCGUGACUCAAUGAAUCAGGAGCAGAACCGAAGCAGGCAGGCCCUGCAGGCCAAACUAGAUGCCCGCAAGAAACGCAGAAUGGACACAGGUAAAGCUAAGGUGGACAAAGAAAUCAUCUUAGAGAAAGACAGCGAAGAGAUGGCCAGACUAGCGAAUAUGGAUGAUGAUGAGUUACUGCAGGCAGGAGCACCGUCAUCAGUGGCUGGUGGUAUCAUGUCUGGUCCAGGGGACAAGUCCGGUCUGGGUCAUUUCACCCCAACAGGAAACUCUGAACAGGACUGGGUGAACAUGCUGAUGGCAUCACCUCUGUUCAAACAGAUCAAUGACUUGGCAGACAUGUUGGACAAAACAGAUGGAGGUCUGACUGGCGGGGACAAGGUGCUAGGUGGAGAUUACAGUAGACCAUACAUGGAUGUGAAAGAUGCACAGUGGGUGUGUAAGGGUGACAUCAAACCAGCAGACAUCAACCAGAUCUCUCCGGCUCAAUUCGUCAUUUAUCGUUUCGGUGUGUUUGUUACCAGACUCUUACACCAGACAAUAGGAACACCAGAAGUCAGUCUGCUUCUUGCCACAAACUUACCUCCCAAUAAUUACGAGCGUAAUGCAUUCAGAAAUUCAGUGUUCUAUGAGCAUUCUCGGAAGAUUCUAUUUGUGAGGAAGGAGAGAAUGGACUCGAUUGGUGAAUUUGUUGUUGUGAUUUUACACUCGCUGGCUCACAUCAAAACAGGGGAUCUAAGUGAUGAUAGCGAUACAGUCUUCCUUAGGGAGUUCUACAAGGCUCUGCGAGUUGUGUGCCAGGAUAUGUUCUUCUCGCGUGCACACAACAACCCAUCUCCACAGACACGGCUCGCCCUGGAACAGGCUCUGGGAACGGUCAAGAAACAGGAGGAUAAGAUGGCUGUGGUGGGAGAUCUCGUGGACAUGAGAGUGGAUGGACCAACCAGGAUAGACUUCUCAGAACAGAGUAUGUCACACAGACUGUAUGGAUGUGAAUCUCUAGCCAGCAAUGCACGAUUACGACAAUUCCUCGCCUCUAAAGGUGGCUUCUUAGCAACCAGUGACUUUGUUAGCAGCAGAAUGUCUGAACUGAAAGGUGGGAAUAGCCCUCCAGUAACGCCAAGACGCACUCCGCGUAAACAGAUCGCAGUGCCCUCUAUGAGGUCACCUCCUGAUGUUAGUGAUACUCAACUGAUGGACCUUGAGGCCAAGAACGACCAACUCAAUGCCGAUCUUGCACAGACUCUUAAGGCUGUGUCAGAACUUGAGGAGGGAAUAAGAAACAUCGAACAGAGCUCACCUAGUGAUCAAAGACUGACAUCAGCCAGGGAACAACUCGAAACUGUGCUCGCUCGCAAAAACGAUCUACUCAGGAGGAUCUCGACAACGGAGGCCGAGAUCACAAAAAAGGAGAAAGAACUCAAGACAAAGAAAAGAUAACUUCCAUGAACAUCAAAGACCUGGCAAACAUUUAAAGAUUUUGACAUUUUUUGUUUGUGAAUGAAGAAUCCUAAUUUAAGGGUUUCAUAAUUUUUGACUAAUUGAAAUGAACUUUUACAAAAAUAGCUAUUCACAGUGAUAUACCUUUGAUAAUAAGGUUUUUUUGUUAAUUAGAUUUUUUUUUGUGAUAAUUUUAUAAGCAUACUUAGUGCAUGUAUAUUUCUAUUGAUUGCUAUUUUGAUAUGUUUUGUGCAAUUUCUUUAUUUACUUAUUAUGAUGUAUACAAUUGUUAUUAUCCUAUACACUGUUAUUUCUUUAUCUAGUGAUGUAAAUCCGUCCAAAGAAAUACUGUUAAUUACUAUAGAAAGCAUUACAUGUGGUUAUACAUUCUUGAAAAACCGUCCAUUUAUAACUGAAAGAGUUUCAAAAAGUUUACAAGUUAGCAAGUAGGGUUGUAAGUGAAAUUUAUUGCAUAUAUUUCUAGGAAAAGAUUAUAAUAAUAAAGAUUCUCAGGCCAAAAUUUUAAUAUUUAAUUCGGUUCUACAAUUGAGUAUUCCAUUAGAAAUAUACACUACCCACCAUAAAAUAAGUAUACACAAAAAGUUUUUACACAAUUUGGCAUGAAAUAUAUUCAACAUAAUGCAUAAGAGCUGAAUUCAUUGUGUAUAACUUUCAAUUUAUAACAGUAAAAUAAUCAGUUAACAUGAACUUUCAAUAUUUUCGGCAUAGUCUGUUAAAUUGUGAUAUUGAUUUAUUUAAGGGGAAAAAUCAAAGGAUCUUAUAAAAGAACACAUCAAAUACACCAAAAUAUGUAUUAGUAAUUAAUUUGAAAUGGUUUCAAGUUAAGGUUUGCAUAAUAUCUCUCUUUAUAGAAUUUAGAAAUUCAGAAAAUCAAGUAUUUUAACAAAAAAUAAGGAUAUAAAAAGUUAAAGCCUAACGUCAGCUAUUUAUUAUAAGAGUUGUGUAUUUAGCAUCGAAAGAUCUGUAUCUAUGAUGUAACUAAUUUUUUUCAUGUACGAGAAACAUAUUUUGGUAAGUGUAUACUUAUUUAUGUGUGGUUAUUUUAUUUCUUACAAUAAAAACUUUAAAUAUUUAUAAUGUUAUCUUUUUUAGAUGAUCUUUUUAAAAUAUAUUGAGUUUUCUCUCAUUGCAAUAGUUAUUUUACAAUUAAAUGUCAGUGCCUGAAAAUCAAAGAAAUUUUUCCUAGCCUAUUUAAAACUUGGUAUAUACUUAUUUUUAUUGUUGUUCAGACGAGUGAAUUUUGAAUAAGAAAAAUUGUAAAAUAUUAUUACUGGAAAAUAUGCCUUUUCAAUGAAAAUUUUUUGCAGCAUGCAAUAUUGUAAAAUUGAUUUUGUGAUGAAAUCUGAUUAAAAUGUAUAUUAAUAAAA